AGAAACACAGAAACAGAACACAAUAAAGAGUCACAUUCAAGAAUCUCUCUCUCUCUUUCCUCCUCUCAUUCUCUCAACUGCUUCUUCUUCUUUUUUGUUCUUUCACAUCACACAACACAACCACUGUGAUCUUGAUUUGAUACCAAUGACCCUGAAUUACUAUCUAGCGGAGCAUCCAACGAUCGUUAACUUCCGUUGGAGUCCAACCCAAUCCUACGCCUCCACGUGGUCUUUCCUCUUCACCGCCGUCUCAUCUUACGUCAUCGCCGCCGUCACUCUCCACCUCCUCCUCCUCAUAAUCCUCUCCCUCUGUCACCGCCGCCGCGGAUUCUCCCUCGGUCCAAUCCCAGCUCUUCACAGCUUAACCAUUUCCAUAAUCUCCGCCGUUAUCUUCGUCGGAAUCCUCCUCUCCGCCGCAGCAGAGAUCAGAGACACGCGCUGGCUAUGGCGUCGCACUCGCACCACGGCUCUCCAAUGGUUCCUCUGUUUUCCCGUAGGUACACGCGCUUCGGGGCGCGUUUUCUUCUGGUCAUACGCGUUUUACCUCUCAAGAUUUCUUCACUUGUUCCGUACUUUCUUCUCCGUGAUACGACGUCGUAAGCUCAGCUUCUUCCAGCUCAUUAACCAGUCUUCUCUUCUCUGUAUCUCCUUCCUCUGGCUCGAAUAUUCCCAAUCCUUUCAGGUAGUAGCGAUACUGUUAACGACCGUUUCGUACGCCGUUGUAUACGGUUACAGAUUCUGGACGGAGAUAGGGUUACGUGGCGCGUGUUUUCCGUUUGUCGUUAACUGUCAAGCCAUUCUGUUAGGGUGCAUGACGAUUUGCCACGUAGGCGUACUCUGUAUACACCUGGUCAAACGCGGCGGUUGUAACGGUAUCGGUGCUUGGUUGUUUAACUCUGUUCUAAACGCCGUUAUCACGUUGCUCUACUUGAAGUUUUAUUGCAAGACGCGUUCAAUGAUGACCAAGGCUAAGCACACCACCACAUAAAUGAUAAACCCAAUCAUUUUUU